AUCUUUGUUUGAAGGAAAGCAGCUUAUGUUUGUUGUGUUGUGUCUCCACCUCCUCCAAAGCUAUGACUUUUGCACACAAAAACACACUCUCUCUCUUCUCAAUUGGGUUGUUUUUGUAAAUUGAAGAUUACUACCCUCUCUUUAAUCUCUCCUCACAUUUUUCAUUUUUAUUUCUAUCUCAUUUUUUCUCAGAUAUAUCAUUUCAUUCUUUUCUUCCUUCACCAACAGCAACAACACCCUCUCUUCUUUUUCUCUUUUCCAUUUUUUCACUAUCCCUCUCUUUUUGUUAAUUUUCUGUAAAACAGACACAACAUAAAACAAAAACAUCCUCAAAACCAACAUGGGUUUGGGUUCUUUCCUUGUUUUUUCAGUUACUCAUCGCAUGUUUUUCUCAUAGAUCUGCCUUGUUUCAUUUUCAUCUGAUCAGCUAAACUUUGUGCAUUGUUGUAUUGAGGAAAUUGUUUCAAAUAUUUAACUGUAUUGAGUUGGGAAACAUAUACAUUUCUCAAUGCAAGGGCAGAGAGGCGCAAUUGGUUCCUCCUCUGAAACCUUUGAGUUCGAUUGUGGAUCUUCAUCAAGUACUGCUGCAGUUGAUCAGCAUCAGCACAUUUUUUGGAAUAAUAUGCGCACUCCAGCCGAAAAUCGGAUACCUGAAUUUAUACUUCCUCCCAGUGAUAUGAACCAAUCUCAUGGGAAUUCUGUAAACCAUGAAUGGCAGAACUUGAGUGGAUGGAGCUUAGGCGAACCAAGUUCCAGUAAUACACAGAAUGAAGCUAACAACAAUGAGCUGAAACGGGAGUUAGGGUUAUCACCUCCGAUAAAUGGCAAUGCUUUUACUGGUCCAAGACUAGAAGAAAGGCACUUCGAAUCAACUAAUGCAUUUUCAUUGGAUAAUGUCAAUACAGGUCCUAUGUAUAUGUGCAGCUCCAAUUCUCAUUUGGUGCCGCAAAGUCUCAAUUUAAAUGCUGCUUUAGCGGAUAAUGUUGGUGAUAAUAAUAGCUAUCAUGUGGAAGUUGAUCAUCCUAACGUGACCAAAUCUAGUGGUCCGCUGAAUGAGCAUCUUCCACCUCCGAUUAGUUCUGGCUCUUUUUUGCUUCCUUCUGCAAGUAAUAGCAUUUUUGUUGGGGAUACUGAUGGUAGGCCAGGUUGUUCUCUAGACACCCGCCGUGUGUCUUGUAAAAGAAAGGCAGUCGAAGGAAAUGUUGGACAAUCUUCUAACGGUGGAAGUUCUAGCUAUAGUCAGCAUACAGAUGGAAGUGCUUGGAAUACUCUUCCUACUCAGGAUUAUGAAGGGGGCAGUUUUAACAGAUCAGCACCGGCAGAACAGGUUACUGCAAGACUUGGCCUUGCUAUCGGGGGAGGAUCUUCUGAAACCAUACCUGAAUCAACCGUUGCAGGAAACUCAGAAAGCUUCCACAGAAAUUUUCGUUUGAGGCUAAAUCCUUCAAGCCAACAAAUUUCUCUGCCUCAACCCACAUUCUCAAACGGGAGUGUGAUCAGGAAUUCCAGUGUUCCUACAUCUUCUCCAAUAUUGCAAAGGUUCAACCCUAUCGAUAAUCCUGUGGACUUGAGGUCAGUACAACCGGUAGAUCUCAUGCUUCCUCAAAGCCAGCCACUUCUUGUUCAUGUUCCUUCUUUACCAAGGAGCGCGCAAUCAGUUAGGUGGAGCGGUGGUUCUAGCUCAACAAACAACCAUUCGUCAAAUUCAGUUUUAGGCCUAGAUAGGGAUAAUCAACCACAUGAAGGAGCAAGCUCAAGAACUAUGGCUAGAAACAUUUUAGAUCACCCGCUUUUUGUACCUGCAAAUGUACGAAACGCAGCUCGAAAUCCAACAAGACCUUCGAGUAGUGCAAAUUUAAGUAUUCCAGGAAAUGUUGCUUCGUCAUCACGGACUGCUCCAAAUCCUCCUGCAUUGAAUCCAUCAUCUGUCUCGGCGUGGGUAUCUCGUCCUAAUCCACAGCAGUAUCCUCGCAGGUUAUCUGAAUAUGUUCGUCGGUCCUUGUUUUCUCCUGGUUCUGAAGGUGGAAGUUCAAGCACCAACUAUUCUUCCUUGCGCGCUCCUUCUGCUUCGUCAGAAUCAAGAGGACCGCCAUCCGGGACGAACCCUGGAUCAUCUCCAUGGUUGGAGAGGUCAGCUGAGAGUGAAUUUGGAGUUCCCUAUACCUUACGAUCUUUGGCUGCUGGUGGUGAAGGAAGUAGUAGACUUGUAUCUGAGCUCCGUAACGUGUUGGGCAUGAUGCGUAGGGGUGGGAACUUGCGGUUUGAGGAUGUUAUGAUUCUCGACCAUUCAAUGUUUUCUGGGAUUGCUGAUAUGCACGAUCGACACAGGGAUAUGCGGCUUGAUGUUGAUAACAUGUCUUAUGAGGAAUUAUUGGCUCUGGAAGAACGCAUCGGAAACGUGAGUACAGGAUUGAAUGAGGAGACCAUUAUGAAACAUUUGAAACUGAAGAAAUACUCAGUUCAUGAAUCAGGUUCUCAGAAUGAUGCAGAACCCUGCUCUGUUUGUCAGGAGGAGUAUAAAGAUGAAGAUGAUAUCGGAUCGUUGGAUUGCGGGCACGAUUACCAUACCGACUGUAUUAAACAGUGGCUAAUGCAUAAGAAUCUGUGUCCCAUUUGUAAGACAACAGGCUUGGCAACAUGAGACUUGUGUCUCAAAUAUUCUAUUCUAUCUUAUUAUAAAGAUAAGAUAAAACAUAGAGGUCAAGAAAACUGGCACAAUUAGUCAGGAAAAUUCUGCUUAAUUGAAGUUGAAUUUCUGGUGCCUUUGUUACUUAUUUAAUGGCCAUUAAGAUUUAGCCAAAAUUUCAUUAUUAUCAUUUUUUGUUUAUUUGGGAAAACCAAUGAUCUCCCGGUUAAAGUGGAACAUGAGAUGAUUGGUGUUGGAUGAAGGAAUAUUUUCUUAACUCUAGUUGAUAAAGAUUGUUUUACAUUUGGGAAA